UUAGAAAAAUGAGGAAAAAUAUGCCAAAUUUAUAUUGUAUAUUUUAUUUGGAACCAUUUUUAGGAAUCACACAGUUUUUCUCCUGAAAGUUCAAACCUGUGACAAAUCUACUAAUGACUAGAAUGUGAAAUUUGGCUGAAUUGUAUUUUUAUGUCUUUCUGCAAACUAAUUUGACCUAUUUUUGGUUUGUUUUUGUUUUUUUUUCCUUUUCCAGUCUUUACCAGGUGCUGGUCUCUGGAUAUUUUUUGUUUAAAUUGAAAAAAAUCUUAAAUCUGCCCACAGACUGGUAUGGUAUCCAGUGAGACACGGGGAUUGCCAGCAGUGGCUUUUGAAGGGUCUGAGGAGGCAGAAAGAGUUGAGAACUCGGACUUGAGCUAGUUUUUGGCCACUCUCUGCUACCUUUCCUGUGGGCAGAACAUCUUUUCUCUCAAGCUUGCCUGCUGUUUUAGAGAAGUUAGGGGUUAGAUCACUCUGCGUGUUCAUCCGGGAGCAGGAUAUGGCUUAGGUAUCUGACUUGCAUUGUAUUUGACAAUGAAGAGCAGUGUUACUGAUUUUGGCAGUGCCUCCUAGUGAUUGGAGAAAGGAGGGCUGGUUUUGUUUCUGAGCACUUUGUUUGAACAAAUAAGCUGCUGCAGCAGCCACUACAACACAUAUCCCACUUCACCUUCUCUCCACACAGAAACAAAAACACUCCAUAUUUGUCCCUUCUUGAGGACACACAUAGUCAACUACUGCCAGUGGGAAGAGUGAAACCUGAAAUGGUCCUUCAGACCAUUGAGCUCGGCUUACACAGCUAGAUCUGUGUAAAUUGGAACAAAAUGGCAAGAGUAUGGCUUGGAUGCUGGAUGGCAGAGAGCUCUGUUGAAGGCAGGGCUCACAUUAACUGCCAACUACAGGUUUCUUUGUAGUUGAGGACCUGACUCUUAUACUGAAAGAUUAAAAACAUCCUUUAAAAUAAUGUUUAUUAAUCAUCUGAUUAGAUUUUAUAAAAAAUUUAGGCAAUUCUUCCUAAAUAAUGUCCAAAGUAUUUCUUUAAUAACUUGAAUGUUUUGGAGGGCAGGGAAAGUAGUCAUAGACAUAUGACCAGCUUCAGUAUUUGGCAAAUAUGAAGUGAUACAAAUCCCAACUUUCAGUGUAUUGUAUGCUUUUGUGUAUGGCAGUUUUACUCAAGCCAGUUAUUACUGACACUGGCUUUUAAGAGAAAGGAUUUUAGCUUUUUUAGUAUAAUUGUUGUAGCUCUUUACACUUGAAAAAGGCAUAAAGAUGGGUUUGAGUCAUUUCUACAUGAUAGCAUUAUUAAAUAGACCUAAUAACCUCAUUCGGUAGAGCAUUUAUCUUUAGGCAUUACUUUUAGCUCUUUGCCAGUGAGAUUAGUACUGUGGUCCAUUUUGAACAGUUUUGAAAAGAGGUAACCUUUAGUAUCAUUUGUAGGACUUAAUAAGUUUGCUCCUAAUUCUUAAAGGAAAAUGUCUAGAUUCAUCAAAAAGCAUCUGCUUUGCCAAGCAUAGGAAAGCACUGCACUCUGAGGAUGCCUUAUAAAAGGAGAAAUCGCUUUAGAAGUUACCAUGUGGAAGGCAUUAGGUUGAGUAACAAAGUGUUUUUCAUAUUGAUCUUCCAGCUACAAUUACAAUUAACUUUGAAGAUUCAGAAUUUGUCUUUUUCCAGGAGAAAAACUGUCAUAUUCAUAAACUCAGUUUUAGGUAAAUUUUAAUGUCUGUUUGUCAUUGAUUUUCUUAAUCUAGGACUGAAACAAUCUGAUUGAUUUAUUGAAGAGAAUUUAUUAUCUAAUGGCUUACAAAUGUCUGUUUCAUUUAGUUUUGGAAGAUGUGAUAAUAAUCACAUUAUUUUUCAGUCUUCCAGAAAAUUUUUCUCCUCCCUCCUCUCCUUGCUUUCUAUGUACCCUUCAACAAGAAAGUAUUAAAAGGAAAAAAUAUUCAACAAAAUCAAACCUUGAGUCAGUGCCUUUAUCCUCUUGGGGGGUCUUUUGGAAAUAAUGGCUGAUGAAAAGGAAAGGAAGGAAGUUACUUUUUUUAACACUAAAAAAUCUUUUUUUCAAUGUCUUACUUCAGGCUAAUAGAAUAAAAUUUUAGGAUUGUUAUAAGUUGUAUGUUCCUAGUUUUUUUGUGUGGAAUCUCUUGUUUCCCUUUAGGCCAAGAGUCAUUUCACAAUUUCUAGGUUGCUGUACAAUGACUACCACAGAUGGACAUUUGUAGUAGGAAUUUAGGAAAAUUUUGUAGCAGUAGUCUGCAUAGACCAAGUGAUAACUUGGUGUUGUGUUUGGGGGUAAAUGAUAACACCUGAGAAUACCACUGGCCUGGUAUCUAUCCAGGCCCCUAACUGGCUAUAAAGUGCAUUACUCUUAGGAGUCACAGUACUUGAAGAUUCGUUUUGGUGCCCUUAUUAUGAAUGAUUAGUGUCGCCGCUCCCUUUUCCCACCCCCAGUCUGAGACUACCACAGUAAGACAAGAAAGGGCAAUGUCAUGGUGGGUUCUUAGUUACUAGAGAAGUUAGGCCACUUAGUUAGGAGGUUGAUGAAUUUUUGUUCUUAGUUAAAAAUAUUAAGUAUUCUCACUGACUUUAAGUAUCAGAUGUGAUGGUAUAGAUUGCUCUUUCCUGUGGAACCAAAGUACGUAUGUUUUAAAUUUUUUUCUUUUUAUAAAGAAUGUCUUGUUGCGCCGUUUUGCUAGACUGAAAGUUUCCUCCUCGCCUGGUGAGCCCCUCCGCUAAUUCAAUCUUUGUCUUUUGUCUUUGCUGCCUUGCAGGGUUGGUACAGUAGGCUUCACUAGACUUAGCUGCAACUCAGAAUUUCUCCUCCAGCACCUGAGUAAAUGCUGAUGGUCUUGUGGAGAGUGGAUUAAGAGUACGAGCUAAGUUCUCAAUCCCAAUUAAGAAGCGGAGGAAAAUUUAAACUGUCUCCUUCAAAGUUUAUCACAACCACCACCAUCAAGACAGCAAACCAAAGGACAAAGACUUUGACCUGCUGUGUCACUCUGUAUAGUCCGGUUCACGUAUGGUUUACGGACUUGACUGGGGUUACUAAUGAGUAAAUAAAAAGUUGGACACUUCUGUCAUUGGACACUUUUAUUCACAAAGUUUCCAAAAUGAGGGCUGUGCUGGAGACGGCAGACAUUGCCAUAGUGGCCCUGUAUUUUAUCCUGGUCAUGUGCAUUGGUUUUUUUGCCAUGUGGAAAUCUAAUAGAAGCACCGUGAGUGGAUACUUCCUGGCGGGGCGCUCUAUGACCUGGGUAGCAAUUGGUGCCUCUCUGUUUGUGAGCAAUAUUGGGAGUGAGCACUUCAUUGGUCUGGCAGGAUCUGGAGCUGCAAGUGGAUUUGCAGUGGGCGCAUGGGAAUUCAAUGCCUUACUGCUUUUGCAACUUCUGGGAUGGGUUUUUAUCCCGAUUUACAUCCGGUCAGGGGUAUACACCAUGCCUGAAUACUUGUCCAAGCGAUUUGGUGGCCAUAGGAUUCAGGUAUAUUUUGCAGCCUUGUCUCUGAUUCUCUAUAUCUUCACCAAGCUCUCAGUGGAUUUGUAUUCGGGUGCCCUCUUUAUCCAGGAGUCUUUGGGUUGGAACCUUUAUGUGUCUGUCAUCCUGCUCAUUGGCAUGACUGCUUUGCUGACUGUCACCGGAGGCCUUGUUGCAGUAAUCUACACAGACACUCUGCAGGCUCUGCUCAUGAUCGUGGGGGCACUCACACUUAUGAUUAUUAGCAUGAUGGAGAUUGGCGGGUUUGAGGAAGUUAAGAGAAGGUACAUGUUGGCUUCACCCAAUGUCACCUCCAUCUUGUUGACGUACAACCUUUCCAACACAAAUUCUUGUAAUGUCCACCCUAAGAAAGAUGCACUGAAAAUGUUGCGGAAUCCAACAGAUGAAGAUGUUCCUUGGCCUGGAUUCAUUCUUGGACAGACCCCAGCUUCAGUAUGGUACUGGUGUGCUGACCAAGUCAUCGUGCAAAGGGUCCUAGCGGCUAAAAACAUUGCUCAUGCCAAAGGCUCUACUCUAAUGGCUGGCUUCUUGAAGCUUCUGCCAAUGUUUAUCAUAGUUGUCCCAGGAAUGAUUUCCAGGAUACUGUUUGCUGAUGAUAUAGCUUGCAUCAACCCAGAGCACUGCAUGCAAGUGUGUGGAAGCAGAGCUGGGUGCUCUAAUAUUGCUUACCCACGUCUGGUGAUGAAGCUGGUUCCUGUGGGCCUGCGGGGCUUAAUGAUGGCGGUGAUGAUUGCAGCUCUGAUGAGUGACUUGGACUCUAUCUUUAACAGUGCCAGUACCAUAUUCACCCUCGAUGUGUACAAACUCAUCCGCAAAAGCGCAAGCUCCCGAGAACUAAUGAUUGUGGGGAGGAUAUUUGUAGCUUUUAUGGUGGUGAUCAGCAUUGCGUGGGUGCCCAUCAUCGUGGAGAUGCAAGGAGGCCAGAUGUACCUUUAUAUUCAGGAGGUAGCAGAUUACCUGACGCCCCCAGUUGCAGCCCUGUUCCUUCUGGCAAUUUUCUGGAAGCGCUGCAAUGAACAAGGGGCUUUCUAUGGUGGAAUGGCUGGCUUUAUUCUUGGAGCAGUCCGUUUGACACUGGCCUUUGCCUACCGUGCCCCAGAAUGUGACCAACCUGAUAACAGGCCAGGCUUCAUCAAAGACAUCCAUUACAUGUAUGUGGCCACAGCAUUGUUUUGGGUCACAGGACUUAUUACUGUAAUUGUUAGCCUUCUCACACCACCUCCCACGAAGGAACAGAUUCGUACCACCACCUUUUGGUCUAAGAAGAUCCUGGUGACGAAGGAGAGCUGCUCCCCAAAAGACGAACCAUACAAAAUGCAAGAGAAGAGCAUUCUGAGAUGCAGUGAGAAUAAUGAGGCCAUCAACAAUGUCAUUCCCAAUGGGAAAUCUGAAGAUAGUAUUAAGGGCCUGCAGCCUGAAGAUGUUAAUCUGUUGGUGACCUGCAGAGAGGAGGGCAACCCAGUGGCUUCCUUAGGUCAUUCAGAAGCGGAAACACCAGUUGAUGCUUAUUCCAAUGGGCAAGCAGCUCUCAUGGGUGAGAAGGAAAGAAAGAAAGAAACAGAGGAUGGAGGCCGGUACUGGAAGUUCAUAGAUUGGUUCUGUGGCUUUAAGAGUAAGAGCCUCAGCAAGAGGAGUCUCAGAGACCUGAUGGAGGAGGAGGCUGUUUGUUUACAAAUGUUGGAAGAACCUCCACAAGUUAAACUAAUACUAAAUAUUGGACUUUUUGCUGUGUGUUCCCUUGGAAUUUUCAUGUUUGUUUAUUUUUCCUUAUGAACUUUAAAGGAUAUGAUGAGACACUAACUUAAAGAAAAUACUGGUCUUUGAAAAAAAAAAAACACCUUAUGUAACUGUUGCAUCUCUCAGGCAUUGUUUACGCUGUAGGUUUUAGCCAAAUUUUACUUAGCAGAAAAUCAUCUAUUUGCAAGACUUUAUUUUCCCAGAGAUGGAUGAAAGUAAAAUUUCAGCUUAAAUGAAGUAAAACUUGUUUAACAGACUGAAUUGUGCACAUGUGGUUUAAAAUUUUUCAUACCAAAGUAAGGAGAGACCAAUUAUUCUCAUAGAACAUUUAGAGCAGAAUAUAUGCUAAGAUGUCAUGAAUAAGGUAUACUGUCUGCACUGCCAAAUCUUGGUAGACUUUCUUACCCUGAAGUAGAAGACUUGCUCAUUUUAAAGUUUUUUCUGUGUCUAUAAUCCCUACUAUCAUUAAAAACAAAAAAA